AUGUCACCGGCUGAAACUGGUAUCCAAGACCGGGCUAUUAUUCCCAUGGAAGAUGUGACACGCACUGUCAAGGAUCAUGUCUCCGAAGAGAUGGAAGGAACUGGUACAACAAAACAAGAAGCACACCAUACAGAUAGGAACCAGAUGAAAAAGCUCUUGAAAGACCAGAAGGAUGCUCGAAGAAAGAUUGAACAGGACAUGGCGGCCACGUCAGCCCAGAAAGAGGCACACAUGGCAAGGAUCCAACUGCUCGAAAAUGAGCUCUCUGAGGCACAGGCAGCGCGCAAAGCAACCGACGGAGCUAUGGCAGCUCUGCAUGAGCGACACGAACAGAUGCAAAAGCUCCUAGAUACCAGUCGAACUGAGAACGAAGAAGUCAGAAGGAAGCUGAAGACACUUGGUAACAGCAGCGUUAAAUACGCCCGCUUAUGGAAACUGAGGGCGCGAGCAGAACGAGACAGACGGUCAGAGGCGGAGGACAAGCUUAAGGAAGAAUGUGCUCGCACAGAAGCCAGGAUGCAGAAAGCGCGAGCAUUCUACACAAACCAGAAAGAGUUGCUCGAGAUACAGGUUGCAGAAUGUGCGGAAGAAGAGAAGGAGUCAAUUAUGGAAGCAUUCAAGGCAGAGUAUGGAGAGCUUUUCCCAGAAUGA